GUGACGGCUUUGACUCAUGUUUUAACAUUUGUCCGCGUGCAUUGUGUUCAUUUUGGCAAUAUUUCGCGAAUUAUUUAUAGAAAUCGCAGCAUUAAUUUUUAAUUUAUCUAAUGAAAACUGCAAGCAAAUAAAAAAUAAAGGAAUAUUCAUGCUUUGUCGUGUCAUUGCGUUAAAAAUUUCAUUUUAAUUACUAAAUACAAACAGCUGAUUCCACAAGUUGCUUCGUUUUCAGGUGCCUACGUGACUCAUGAACAUGUGCCAAUGGUGGUAAAGGCAUUGUCGACAGCAAUAAAAAAAACAACAAAUGGAAAGGCAUUGAGGGUAGACGGAAAGUGCACCACCAAAGCGAACCAUAGAAAAUUAACGGCAGGCAAGUCAAUCGUCAAUCGUGCAGCAAGCAGGGCGAAGCGCACGAGUAUUUCUUGCAAAAUUUAAAUAAAAGUUUGUUGGUAAAGUGCAUUUACAAAAGCUGAACAAAUUUAGAAAUGUUAUAAAAUAUUCCUCCACCAAAGUGUUAAUUAAUAAAGUAGCUGGACAAGAGUAAUACGCACUUAUAAACAGUGAUAAGGUUGGUUCAGUUGUGAGAAGCAGCAAAAAUUAUUUGUAAAAUUUAGACAAAAAGUGCAAAGAUUCAUUAAAUAAAGCGUGAAGCACCAAAUAAAAAUAAAAAAACGGAGUUGAGCCGACGGUUAAUGCAACAAAGGUCGCUAAAUUUUACUAGAAAUUACAUCAGGCGACGUAGAUAUAUGUAAAUAGAUUAAUAAUUAAAAAACGAACAUCGCGUGAACUGCCGCAAGCCAAAGCCACAAAAAAUAAUAAAGCAGCAAAGAAACUUGAACACCAAGCACCAUGUUGGAUGUAAUGCAACCAGUCAACAUGGAUUUAUCAUCCAAAGCCGCCGUCACAAGCCACCCCGCGAAUAAUGAAAUCGUAGUGGUGCGUGCCAAACCGAAGAAGGUGUUCAAGCCAAAAGCGCGCAUCAAUCGCAUACCUCAAUCUUUGCUUGAUGAUCCAGUGCUGCAGAAGGCCAUCGAUCGGCUGCCCUCCAACUACAACUUUGAGUUGCACAAAACCAUCUGGCGCAUACGUGAAAUGAAAGCUAAACGAGUAGCGCUCCAGCUGCCUGAGGGUUUGCUCAUGUAUUCAAUGAUUAUAAGCGAUAUAAUUCAACGCUUUACUGAUGCCGAUACUGUCAUCAUGGGCGAUGUUACUUAUGGCGCCUGUUGCGUCGACGAUUACACAGCUAAGGCUUUGGGCGCCGAAUUAUUGGUGCAUUAUGGUCACAGCUGUCUCAUACCUGUCGAUCAGACGAGCGAUAUUAAAGUGCUGUAUGUUUUUGUCGAUAUCAAAAUCGAUCCAUUACAUUUUAUCGAUUCCGUCAAGUUGAAUUUCAAACCAACUAAUGGUCAGAUAGCACUGGUGAGCACUAUACAAUUUGUGACUACAUUACAAGCAGCAUCGACUGAACUGAAGGCAGCUGGUUAUGAUGUUAUUGUGCCGCAAGCGAAACCCUUAAGCCCUGGCGAAAUAUUGGGUUGCACCUCGCCCGACUUGCCGUCCAGCACUAAGCAGCUAAUUUAUCUCGGUGACGGACGCUUCCAUUUAGAGUCAGCCAUGAUUGCGAAUCCCACUUUGAAGGCGUAUAAAUAUGAUCCCUAUGAAAAGAAAUUCACAAUCGAAGAGUAUGAUCAUCGUCAAAUGCAAUCGAUACGUUACCGAGAAAUCGAACGCGCCAGAGCAGCCAAGAAAUUCGGUAUAAUAGUGGGGACUUUGGGGCGUCAAGGGAGUAGUCGUGUACAUCGAUUCCUCGAAAAGCGUUUACACCUCAAAGGUUAUGCAACGACAACAAUUUUGCUCUCAGAGAUCUUUCCACAAAAGUUAGCACUCUUCACCGACAUUGACGCAUUCGUGCAGAUCGCUUGUCCACGUCUCUCGAUCGAUUGGGGCUCUGCAUUCGCUAAACCACUCCUGAAUCCAUAUGAAUUGUCUGUUGUGCUUGGUGAUGUGGAAUUUACACCUCAUAACACUGCACCAAAAACUAAUGCAUAUCCCAUGGAUUUUUAUGCAACCGGCAGUCUGGGUCCAUGGACACCCAAUUUCAAACCGCCAGCAGUGGGGGAAUGCGAUAAUAAACCGUCCGAAGCGUGUUGCGGUCGCUGUGUGCGUGCCGAAUUGGAAAAGGACGACAGCGAUGCAGCGCGUGCGGCUACAAUAGAAGACAUUUUGGAUUUCAAGAAGGGAUAAGCGAACAAAUAUCGUAGACUACAUUUUUAAAUAUACAUAAACAAAAGCAAAGGGGUUAAAAAUAAAGAAGCUUAGGUUUAGUUAGUUUAGCACAUUAUUGUGAUGUUAUUCUUUUAAAUAGGGAAAGAGAGAAGAAACACAAUGAGUUAACUGAAUCCAUAAUAAUUAAGCUUGCAUAAGUGUUGGUAAACUUAUAAAGCUACAAACUCCUUUUGUAAAUGUGUAAUUUAUCACUGCUGCUAUGUUUUAACGCGUUUACUAUUUAAAUUUUGCUUAAUAUUUUUAUGUUUAUACAUAUUUAACAUUUUAGUAUGUAUUCUUGUACCUUAAGUUACGAAUAUAUUGUAGCAUUUUGAUUUAGUUAGCUUCAUUUAUUUAAUGCUUAGUAAGGUUUUUUUUAAUAAAAAGUUUUGGCA